AGAUUGCACUACUAACAGACAGCUCGGUGAAUUCAAGCGUGGUACCAUGAUAGGUUGCCAUCUGUGCAAUAAGUCCAUCCGUGAAAUUUCCUUGCUACUAAAUGUUCCACGGUCAACUGUUAGCGGUAUUAUAACAAAGUGGAAGCAACUGGGAACAACAACAACUCAGCCACAAAGUGGUAGGCCAUGUAAAAUGACAGAGUGGGGUCAGUGCAUGCUGAAGCACACAGUGUGCAGAAGUUGCAAACUGUCUGCAGAGUCAGAAGCUAAAGACCUCCAAACUUUUUGUGGCUUUCAGACUAGCACAACAAUAGUGUGUAGAGAGCUUCAUGCAAUGGGUUUCCAUGGCCGAGCAGCUAUAUCCAAGCUAUAUCACCAAGUGCAAUGCACUGUUGGAUGCAGUGGUGUAAAGCACAUCGCCAGUGGACACGAGAAUGGUACUUGCCUGACUGCAUUGUGCCAAACGUAAAGUUU